CACUCCGCAUGGGAGUAAAAGCCCCGUCACCAAACCACUCACCACGUGACAUCGUUUGAACUAAUACCAACGAUCUCUGCUAUAAAGUGGCCUACUCAACCCAGCAUUAGAUUUCCCUCUUCUCCCACCCAAAUCUUCCUCCUGGCAGUGCAUGGGAGCUGUUGCCGUUGCUGCUGCUUUCUCUUCUCCUUCAUCAUUCCUCCUCCCUCACUGCUGUCUACAGCCAGUCCGAGGAACCCUGCUGCCUCCUUUGUUUCGCUGAUGGAACCUCCUUUAGCUGCCAUUCCUCUGCUGCUGACUGUUUACCGACUGUUCUUGCUGUUUCUUGGAGUGGAGGGGAGUGUGUUCACGUUCGUCAACAAGUGCGGGGAAACGGUUUGGCCGGGGAUCUUGUCCAACGCCGGCAGCCCGCAGCUGGAGUCCACCGGAUUUGAGCUCCCUGUCGCGUCGUCUCGCUCCUUCCAGGCCCCCACCGGAUGGUCCGGCCGGUUCUGGGCGCGGACCGGCUGCUCCGCUUCUGCCGUCGGCGGCGGCGGCGCCUGGUCCUGUGCCACCGGCGACUGCGGGUCCGGUCAGGUGGAGUGCAACGGCGCGGGCGCGGCCCCGCCCGCGACGCUCGCGGAGUUCACCCUCGCGCCAUCGUCGGCGGGGCGGGACUUCUACGACGUCAGCCUGGUGGACGGCUACAACCUGCCGAUGGUGGUGGCGGCGAGCGCGGGGGCGUGCGCGGCCACGGGGUGCGUCGUGGACCUGAACCGGAUGUGCCCCGCGGAGCUGCGGGCCGCGGAGGGGGAGGCGUGCCGGAGCGCCUGCGAGGCGUUCGGGACGCCGGAGUACUGCUGCAGCGGGGCGUUCGCCAGUCCGGCGACGUGCCAGCCGUCGGCGUACUCGCAGAUGUUCAAGGCGGCGUGCCCCAAGUCGUACAGCUACGCGUUCGACGAUCCCACCAGCACCUUCACCUGCGCCGGCGGAGCUGACUACACCAUCACAUUCUGCCCAGAGUCAGCACCAAGCAGUCAGAAAGCAUCGACAGACUCCUACAGUAGUCCAACUCCAUACACAACUGCGACAUCGACGCCUACAGCAACCGGCGGGCUGAUGCUGGAAGACGACUCCUGGCUUGCAAGCAUGGCGACCGGCGACGCAAACACCGCGAGGAGGGCCGUCCCUUUCCUGCGCCAAGCCUUAUUCAUUGUAGCCACCGCAAUGGCCUGUACACUACUUGUGCGAUAGCACAACGUGAAUGCUUGAUUCGAUUCCACGCCC